UAUAUUCGGACACCGAGAGAGAGAGAGAGAGGGUGACUUUACUAAAAGCUACUCCUAUUUGCUGUACAGUAGCGAGGGUCCAGUCCCGUCCAAUACCGGCCAGAACCAAGAAGCUACAGAGAUCGGCCAUGGACGCCCAGUCGCAGCAAGCCCCGGCGAAGAAGAAGGAGACCCGGGGACGGAAGCCGAAGCCCAAGGACGAGAAGCAGGAGGAGCAACAGCCGCAACAAGGGAAGAUAAAGAAGGCUCAUCAACAGCCCUCCGUCGACGACAAGUACUCCCAGUGGAAGUCCGUCGUCCCCGUCCUUUACGACUGGCUUUCCAACCACAACCUCGUCUGGCCUUCCCUCUCUUGCCGAUGGGGGCCUCAGCUUGAACAAGCGACUUACAAGAAUCGUCAGCGUCUUUACCUUUCUGAACAGACUGACGGCAGUGUUCCAAAUACUCUGGUAAUUGCAAACUGUGAAGUUGUCAAACCUAGGGUUGCAGCAGCCGAGCACAUAUCACAGUUCAAUGAAGAAGCACGCUCACCAUUUGUAAAGAAGUACAAAACCAUCAUACAUCCAGGAGAGGUGAACAGAAUUAGGGAACUUCCGCAGAAUACUAAGAUAGUAGCUACACAUACGGACAGUCCUGAUGUUUUGAUUUGGGAUGUUGAGGCCCAACCUAACCGCCAUGCUGUGUUUGGGGCUACAAACUCUCGUCCAGAUUUGAUUUUGACUGGACAUCAAGAUAAUGCAGAGUUUGCUCUUGCAAUGUGCCCAACGGAGCCCUAUGUCCUAUCUGGAGGGAAAGACAAGUCUGUGGUGUUGUGGAGUAUUCAGGAUCAUAUAUCAGCAACAGCCACCGACCCAGCUGCAACCAAGUCUUCAGGUGCAGGGUCAAUCAUUAAAAACACCAAAUCCGGGGAAGGUAAUGACAAAGCUGCUAAUGGCCCUACUGUUGCUCCACGAGGAAUUUACUAUGGGCAUGAAGAUACAGUUGAAGACGUGACAUUUUGUCCAUCUAGCUCGCAGGAGUUUUGUAGUGUUGGUGAUGAUUCUUGCCUUAUAUUAUGGGAUGCACGAGUUGGCUCUAGUCCUGUUAUUAAGGUUGAAAAGGCGCACGAUGCUGAUCUUCACUGUGUUGAUUGGAGUCCCCAUGAUGAUAAUCAUAUUCUAACAGGGUCGGCAGAUAAUUCUGUUCGAAUAUUUGAUCGGCGGAAUCUGACUUCCGAUGGAGUUGGGGCACCUAUUCAUAAAUUUGAAGGCCACAAAGCUGCUGUUCUUUGUGUUCAGUGGUCUCCGGAUAGAUCAUCCGUUUUUGGAAGUUCUGCGGAAGAUGGUCUCUUGAACAUUUGGGAUUAUGAGAAGGUUGGGAAGAAGGCUGAGCGAGCAAAUCCAAGUUCUCCUCCGGGCUUGUUUUUUCAGCAUGCUGGGCACAGAGACAAAAUUGUUGAUUUUCAUUGGAAUGCAUCUGAUCCUUGGACUAUUGUUAGUGUGUCUGAUGACUGUGAUACUACUGGUGGAGGAGGGACAUUGCAGAUAUGGCGGAUGAGCGAUUUAAUCUACAGGCCAGAGGAGGAAGUUUUGGCGGAGCUUGAGAAGUUCAAGUCGCAUGUCGUGGCAUGCACUUCCAAGGCUUGAAAGAGCAGAAAUUAUUAGAUUGCUGAAAGCGUAGCUAUAUCAAUGUGUGUCUGUACGCAUCUAGGUAUUACGUUUUAGAUAGGUAGGGAUGCUUGUUUAGUUGCAAUGUUAUAGAUUUUAUUGUUAGCUUUUCAAAUUGCGGGAGAUGAAUUUUUCCACCUUCCAAAGAGUGUUUUUUAUUCCGAAACCUUUUUGCCGUAUUAAAUCCUUGUUUUAUAUCUGGGACGACUAGUUUGGUUCUUGCUAGAGCCCGACAGUUUGGUAUCUUGGAAUUUAAUCUUUGAGCGUUUGUAUGGGUA